GGAGGAAACUCCAUGUUGUAACAAAGUUUCCUCCGCGGCGCCGCUCCCGCGCCCGCCGCCCCGCGCCGCCGCCCCGCCUCCCCCCAGGGGCCGCGCCGGGGGGGGCCGCCCCCUCCCACCCCCCCCCGGCGCCCAUGGAGCACCAGUCCAUCAUCGCCCAGGUCAGCCGGGAGGAGGGCAGCGCCCCGCUGCAGGAGAAAGGUACUCAGGCCCCUGCCAAAAAGCCGCGGAACCGUAGCAUCCUCCAGUCCCUGUUCUGCUGCCUGUGCCGUGAUGAGGGGGAGCCCUGCGCGGGCACCACCAGCGCCCCGCUCCUGGUGGAGGAGAAUGGGGCCCUGCCCAAGGCUGCUGUCAAACACCUCCUGCCUGAGAUCAAACCGCAGGAUGCCAGCAAGCUGUGCGUGGUCAUCGACCUGGACGAGACACUGGUGCACAGCUCCUUCAAGCCAGUGAACAACGCUGACUUCAUCAUUCCCGUGGAAAUUGAUGGCAUCAUGCACCAGGUGUACGUGCUCAAGCGGCCACACGUGGAUGAGUUCCUGCAGCGCAUGGGCGAGCUCUUCGAGUGUGUGCUCUUCACCGCCAGUCUGGCCAAGUACGCGGAUCCUGUGGCUGAUCUGCUGGAUAAAUGGGGGGCUUUUCGAGCACGGCUUUUCCGGGAAUCUUGUGUCUUCCACCGCGGCAACUACGUGAAGGACCUGAGCCGCCUGGGCCGCGACCUGCGCCGCAUCAUCAUCGUGGACAACUCGCCUGCAUCCUACAUUUUCCACCCUGAUAAUGCCGUGCCGGUGGCCUCCUGGUUUGAUAACAUGGCAGACACGGAGCUGCUGGAUCUGCUGCCCUUCUUUGAGAGGCUCAGCAAGGUGGAGGAUGUGUACGCAGUGCUCAAGAAGCAGCGGACUAACAGCUAAUGCCCCCCCCCACCCCACCAGGUGCUACCAGGGGGAGGGGUGCACUGCUGUGGCAGCUGCGUGCCUUAUUUUAGGGGGGAGAUCCCAAUGUGCCCCCUCAGCAUUGUCCUCCCCAGCCUCGGUGGGCGUGGGUGUCCUCCCUGCCUGCUGGUGGUGGUGGGAGAUGUGGGUGCCUCUGCCAGGGAGCUGGGUGUCCCCCUGACUGUGGAGGAGGGGGUUCGUAGGCAACCCAUUGCCUCACUGUGCUGGGGACCUUUGGGAGGGGUCCCAUCAUCCCCCACUGUUCCAUCCCACCCUCUCCCCAUCCGCAACCCCUCUCCCCAAAACGGUUCUCAGGUCCUUUUCCCCUCUGUGUUCCCCGAAGUGGGGAGAGGGGGUCAGCAGCUGCUGCUUUCCACUGCCUUUGGGGGGAGGGGGACACACGAACCUUCCCCCCAUCCAUCCAGGCUCUGCCUGCUGGCGGGGCUGGUGGCCCUGGGCCCCUGUCUACAGGGGGGGCAUGAGGAGGGUUAACCCGUUCCCACCCCCCAGAAACGAGGAGGGUGUUAUUGGCGGUCACCAUACCCUUAGGUCUGCCCUUGGUGCAGCUGAUCACCUUGGGAGGGAGCACAGCCCUACCCCUCUCUCGUGCCUUCUGCCCCCACCGCCUAUGGGGUGUGUUUUGGGGGGCAGCCUGGCCUCAGGGCUGAGCCUCUGGCCAUCAGUGGCCCCCAAGUGCCUUGGGACUCCACGUAUCUGUGCCCCCCAACCCCCUGCAAGGGAUGUGCCUGGGGGGAGCUUCUUAGCUCACCCCCUCCAACCUCGGUUUCUUCCCAUGAGGGGGGGGUCUGGUGACCUCCCCCCUUCCAGUUACACUGUGUCAGUGGGAGCCACUCCAGUCACCAGCGGGAGGGGGAUCCCCUCCCUCACGGGGGGGCAUGCGCCCCCUUCCCAUACAUUGGCAGCUUCACCAAAGGCUGCAACUCCUAGGAGGGAGGAACCUCCGUACCAGCCUUAGUGUGCCCCCCUGCCUUACCCCAGCCCCUCGGCUGGGACAGGGGUGGGAGGCACUGUGGGUGCCCCCCUCCCUCCAGCCUGGGGUUACCCUGACCCCCGUGGGGUUGGGCUUGUGCCAGGGUGUCCCCCAGCCUUGAGAGGCUGGGGACUCUCAGGGAGGGGGGAGGGCUGAGCUCAGCCAGGCCUUUUUUAGCAUCGCAACAUGGACAAUGUCUCAUAUUUUUUUAGGGGGAAAAGCAACGGUUUCCCAAAAAAAUCAUGGGUGCCUUUUUACUCCUAUGCCAGGGAAGCGAGGGUGGGCAGUAACUGGGGGGUGGGAUGUGAGGGGGUUUUAGCUUUCCAGUGCUGUGUGGCUGGCUUCUGCUGGUGCUGCCCUUCUCCUAAAGCUGGGUGCCAAGGGCGGGCAGGGCCCCCCAGGCCUGCCCACACCCCUGCCUCCACCCUGCCCUGUGGCACGGGGGUGGAAUGGGGGAUGCGGUAGCACAUCCACUUCCCCCUAGAGCCCUGCCUGCCGCAGGCCUGAUCCUGCCCCUCCAGGAGGGUUGAACUCAGCACUUUAUCUUAGACAAGUCAAACGGCACCAGCGAAGCUCGCUGCCCAGCAAGCACCUGUGGGUGCUGCAGCACCCGAGGAGUGCAGCCCCUGUGCUGGGCCCCCUUGGGGAGUCGGGGGAGGCCUGGAGAUGGCAUUGGGGGGGCUGGGGAGGGCUG